AUGCAGAAGGGUAGAGAAGUUCAAGAUAAUGUUUUUAACCCAAGAGGGUUUACAAACUUUGGUGGUUCUGGUUUCCACAGAAUUAUGACGAUGCCUAGUCUUUUUGGAGGAAGGGAUCCAUUUGAUGAUCCUUUUUUCACUGAUCCAUUUGAUAAUCCUUUUUUCACUGAUCCAUUUGAUAAUAUGUGGAGUCCAAGUUCUGCUUCGUCGAGAUCAAUGCAGAAGACAAACGGAGAUAAAGGAGUUGUUAUAAAAGAAUUAGACCCUGAUGAUGACGGUGUUGAUAGUUUUAAUGAGAAAAUUUAUCGGUCACCAAUGGAGCCGUUUGUUGAGCAUCCUGAUGAUGAUGUUGAUGCAGAGAAGCAAACCAAUGGUGUUAUAUACGAGAAUGAUCAUCGCGAUUCAGAAGAACCCUUUAAGGCUCACACUUGCAAUAUGUCUUUUAAGACCAGUAGAAUAACAUAUGGUGGUAUAGAUGGUGCUUAUUAUACUUCUACCCGAACCAGAAAGACGGGGUCUGAUGGGAUGGUGAUAGAGGAAUGCAAAGAAGCUGACACCUCGAGUGGUGAAGCAACACAUAGAAUCACAAGAGGAGUCCAUGAUAAGGGCCAUUCAGUUUUGAGAAAGUUUGAUUCAGACGGGAAGGUUGAUACGACACAGAUGUUGCACAAUCUUAACGAAGAUGAGCUUUCACGCUUUGAGGAAACAUGGAAAGAAAAUAAUCGAGCACGGUUACCCGAUUAUGAUGUGCAUAGGAAGAAAGAUUCUAGAGUUGGUGAGAUAAAGAAAAACAAGGUGUGGUCACUUCCAUUUUCGGAGCAGGAUAGUAGAGCAAGAGGAGUUGCAUCAAAUUUUGAAACGGGAAACAGUUCUGAGGGAAGAGCGAAGAAAAUCGUUAGAAUCAAUAUUGAGUGA